AUAGCUAGCCAGAUCAAUUUUUGCCACUCUCAGCCUUGUCCAUAAACCCCUCUUUCUUGCUUCAUCUUGUAUAGAAAGCCUCCCAAUAGCUGUUAUUAGUUGAUCCCAUACCUAUAAUUUCUGUUAUUAAUUUAAAUUGUAUCCACAGAAGUUGGAGUUAUGCCCAACCCCGAUGUAACUGUGGUUGUGGAGAAGUCGGAAGAGAAAGAUGGACGGUUUGGUUACUUUAACUUUGAAUGAUUCAGAUUCAGACUCAGAUUCAAAAUCAUGCUCAUACUCAGAUACUACAAGUAGUGGAGAAUCUUCCGUCGAAGAAUGGCAGAUAUCAAAAGAAAAAUGGCCAAAUAUGAAGGUGAAAAUUCUUGAGUGGAAGAAGAAGAUGUUUGCAAAGUGGAAGCAGAUUUUUGCAACAUCAUGUGUGUUUGCUGUUUCACUGGAUCCUUUGUUCCUCUACAUUCCUAUCAUCAAUCAGGACAUGAAUUGUCUGAGAUUGGACCAAAACUUGAAGAUAGCAGCUCUUACAUUAAGAUCAGUAACAGAUAUCUUUUAUAUUACGGACAUCAUUAUUGAGAUUUAUACAUCUAAGAUCUGUUCAAGUUUAACCAUUGAACAUCACAUCUCCAAAUCAGAAUUCUUAGGGAACACUUUUUUGCCGACGCUAGCUAAGAAGAUUUGGCAGUCAUACAUCUUAAUUGACAUUUUAGCUAUUCUUCCCCUUCCACAGGUUCUAAUCCUCACUUUCUUUUCAAGAAUGGGGGCUUCGAGAUCCUCGGAGACAAGCAAGUUUAUUAUGAACUUUUUUGUUCUGAUGCAAUAUAUACCGCGGGUUAUUCGCAUCUACCUAUCGUGUGAGGCACCAAAAAAGUCUCCAAGAAAGGAGACUCCAAUAUGGGUUAAAGGUGUACUUAAUUUCUUUAUGUACAUCCUUGCUAGUCAUAUACUCGGAGCCAUAUGGUACUUUUUUGCUAUUCAACAAAUGACAGCCUGUUGGCAAUAUGCAUGUCAAAAUGAAAAUGGGUGUGACCCUAAUACCUUUGGUUGUCAUUACCAAACAUUCAAAGAUGAUUUGUGUCCUAUAAGUUCACCAAAUGCAACGAUCUUCGAUUUUGGGAUAUUUCUUAGUAUCCUUCAGUCUGGUGUGCCGUCAUCAACAAAUUUUCUACAGAAAUUCUCGAACUGCUUUUGUUGGGGCCUACGAAAUUUGAGUUCUCUUGGAUCUAACCUCCAACCCAGUACUAGAACUUGGGAAAACCUCUUUGUGGUUUUUAUUUCUAUAACUGGCUUGCUGCUAUUUAUAUAUCUCAUUGGAAAUCUGCAGACAUAUUUGUCCUUGGACACUACAAGAAUACAGGUGCAUAGACACAAGAUGAAAAUAAAACGGAAAAUGGAAGCGAAAGGUCAAGAGCUAGAAUUAUGGUUGCCUAAAAAUGGCAUCCCUCAGAGGUCGCAGAAGGAUAUAAAGUUGCAGAUCAUGGAAAAGGUAGAACAAGAAUUUGAAGAAAACAGGAAUGUUGAAUUGGAUAAUUUUCUCCCUGUUCUUCCCUUGGAUCUUGAAAACCAGAUCAAAAGUUGUAUGCCGUUGACUAGGUUGAAGAAGGUGCGAGUACUUCAAAACAUGGAUGAACAAGUGUUAAAAGCAAUUUGUCAGCAUCUCAAGCCCAUGAAGUAUUCUAAAAACAAUCUCAUUCUUCGAGAGGGCGAACCCCUUAAAAUGAUGAUCUUCAUUGUAGAAGGACAUGUAGCCAUUGAAAAGAAAGGCGGUUCCAUUUCGCUGCAAGGUGCAAGAGAAUUAUGUGGAGAAAAUCUUCUAGCUUGGCCGUUCUCGACCUCUUUUCCUCAGACGUUACCCACAGCAACAGAGUCUGCUAGGGCAAUUGGUGAUGUUGAAGCCCUUAUUCUAAUGGCCAGUGAUAUGAAGAGUGUCGUCUUUAAAUUCAGGGUGCAUUUCAUCAAAAAGUACGGAAAACUCAAAGAAAAAUUGGUCAAUCUUCAUCUAGGACCUGUUGAUACAACACCAACAUUGGUUGAGACAGCACCAACAUAUGUUGAGGGAUCGCCCACAAUCUUUACUGCACAAGAACUUAAGAAGGCCACGAAAAAUUACCAUGAAAGUACAAGGCUUGGUGAAGGAGCCUGUGGAAUAGUUUACAAAGGGUUACUACCAGAUAAAAGAGUUGUUGCCAUAAAAAAGUCCAUGAUUAUUCAUUCGCCAUCCACGAGCGUUAACUCCAUUAAUGAGGCUCUUAUUCUUUCUCAGAUCAACCAAAGAAACAUUGUCAAGCUUUUAGGUUGUUGUUUAGAGGCAAAAACGAUUUUAAUGGUUUAUGAGUUCACGGACAAAGGGUCUCUCUAUCAUCAAAUUCACAAAGAAGGCAUAGGAUCCGGACUCUCAUUUAAAUUAAGAAUGAAGAUAGCAGCAGAAAUUGCCGGGGCAUUAGCAUACUUGCACGCCAUGUCAAUCCUACACCGAGAUUUGAAGACAAUAAAUGUAUUAUUGGAUAAAAGUUACACAGCAAAAGUUGCAGGCUUCAGAGGUUCACGAUUGGUUCACGAAGAACACGAUCAGACAUCAACUUUAGUGCAAGGGACACUCGGAUAUUUAGAUCCUGAAUACAUUCAAUCAGCAACGCUAACAGAAAAGAGCGAUGUCUACAGCUUUGGAGUUGUCCUAUUGGAGCUUCUAACAAGUCAAAAGGCAGUGUCUUUUGAAAGGUCUGCCGUAGACAGAAAUCUAUCAAACUUCUUUCUUCGCUCAAUGGAAGGAGGUCACUUAGUUCAAAUUCUUGAUGGUGAAAUAAUCAACGUGGGAAAUUUUGAGACAGCCGAAAAAGUAAGCUAUCUGGCAAAAAGAUGCUUGAAGGUUAGAGGGGAGGAAAGGCCUUGUAUGAAAGAAGUAGCCGCCGAGCUCGAGGGGAUAAUGCGAAGCAUGGAAAAGCAUCCAGGAGGACAGGCUAAUAUUUCUCGAUCUCCCAAAGAAACUGAUGGUUUGCUUGGUUCGCCUUCAAACGCUUAUGUUGUGGAUGUUAGAGGUGAAGGUGAUGAUGCUGGUUCUAGUGGUAUUAUUAUCAGUGCGGAGGAUGGCAAGAGCAUGCAAAAUCAAAUCCAAAUGAUUGAGCCUUAUGAUGGUGGACGAUAAUUGGUCUUUUGCUGUUUAAGUUGUUUUUACAUUACAAUUUUUAUGAUUUUUUAAUUAUCAAUAGGAGAUAGAUUGAAAUUAAAAUUCUCUAUAAUGAUAAAUUUUGUAAAAGAAGAAAGGUGCAGAUCUUGAAAGAAUGUAUUGUAACAGCUGCAGUGCUGAUGCUGAGGUCCAUGCAUGGGUGCCUUGAGAAGUUGUGGAAGAUUCAUGGGUGUGCUGAUCAUUCCUAGCAGUGCAUAAAGAAUGGGUGUGCUGGAGGGGAUUUGUGAUUUGUGAUCAAAAGCCCAAAAAAAAAAAAAGAAAAAAGGAUUUACCUUUUGUUUUAUUUUAUUUUCAUUAACACAAAAAGGUUUUAAUUUUGAUGCUGAACUUUGACCUUUGUACCCAAACUUUUAUAUGUGGCAAUUUAGUACUUCAAUCAAAUUUUGUGAAGUUAAAACA